AACAUUAGUUGGAACGGGCGCUGGGGAGUAGAGCAGGAGAGUUUGUUGUGAUUUUGCAAGUAGCCAGACCCUCAAAGUCAAGACCGCUCGCAGUGCCCAGUUCUCUCCUUUUCACCACAGUAAUGGCACCACGGCGACGGCCCCCUGCUCCUCCCCCGGGUAGCAGACGGCGCUAGGGCCCACAUCCAAAGAGAAGGGGGGCCCACCGUCUCUGCCAACCCGAAUCCGGACAAGAACAUUCACGCCACCCUCGCGUUGCUUUCCGGGCGGCGCCGGCAGUGACUGACGAGACGCCCGCACCCUCUUUCCUCUGCUCUGCCGGUGGCGGUGAUGGUCGGACAUCCGACGGAGCGUGCGUGGAUGUGGAGGACCUUUCGCUUUUGGUGGCGAGACGAGAGCGGUCAUGGGUCUGCCUCAAAUGUCACCUCAAAGCAGCCACGCGUCGCUCUCAGGGAUACCCUCGGCGACCACGCAUCGCUGCUUCCCCUGCCUGAAAAAGGAGAGUUGGGAGCCAGAGGUGGUCAGCUGCGCCGGACCGCCAGCACUCAUUGCGAAAAUAUUUCCUCGGAUCCGAUGGUCAAGGACCGAUACCAACCACCCUCAUCUCCCCCGGCCUCUUCCUUGCCGCGACAGAAAAUGACCAUAACAUCUUCGCCUCGAGUCCGAAAGCAAACGAGAUUGCGAACCAAGGUUUGGGGGCAGUUUGGUCAUACUUGCACUGAUUCACGGCAGAGCAGGAUCACGACCUUCAAGGAGGAGUGACAGCGCCACCUCAUAAAACCAUCGUAUGGAUAGAGGCGGAGAGGGGGGGCAUGCAGCCUUUUCCCGUGAUGGGCCCACACAUAGCCUUUCUUUUUUGAUCCUCCAUGUAACUUGAAUUCUUCCUCCUCCUUUAUGUUUUGCUGCUGCUACUGCGGCUUCUCUCUCGAAUCUGUGCAAUGAAUAUUUUAAUCAAUGGCUUCCCGUCUGUUCGUGGCUUUCCGUAGAUAUCUUAUUAUAUUGAGGGAAGGAGGGGCCGACUGCCGAGGGAGGCGGAGAGGAGAGGAGGGCUCAUUCUCAUUCAUGGUCGUGGAGGCCCUUCCGGUUGCCUGUGGGUGGUGGUCCCUUGUUCCAUACCGUACGACGAAGCAGGGCAUGGUGGUGGUGACGAGGACGACGUCGGAGUGAGGAACGGGAGGAGGGAGGUGCGUGCUAUUGACACCAUCUUCGCAGGACCGGGAGGGGGAGAGGGCGAGAGAAAGAGUGAGAUAGAGAGAUCACGCGCCAAGUGAACAGGAGCCGUUAGUGAUUCAACUGAAGCACAGCUCACUUCUCUGCUUCGGGUUCCUUUCUCACGUGACGAAAUAACUGCUGACGCCUGAUGGAGAAGGUUUCUUCAGGAUUGGACAAGUUUAUGUUGCUAGCUUUGAUUCUGGUGCUUUCAUCUGCUGUUACCCUCGAUGCUUCAGCUAAUGCUGAGGAAGUGAAUGCGUUGGAAUCUCUCAAGGCAUGUUUCAGCAAUUCUAUUGAUGUUCUGCCGGACUGGAAUAAUGCUAACGGAGAUCACUGUUCAUGGCAUGGAGUCUAUUGCAAUAAUGCGACUUUCAAUGUGGUUACCCUGAACCUAUCAAAUUUGAAUAUAGUUGGUGAAAUUUCCCCUGCCAUUGGUGACCUGAAAUAUUUGGAAUACAUAGAUUUCAAGGGCAACCACCUUAGUGGGCAGAUACCUGAUGAGAUUGGCAACUGUGUUUCCUUGAAGUACCUGGACCUAUCAGCUAAUUCUUUGUAUGGAGAUAUUCCCUUCUCCAUAUCGAAGCUGAAGCAGCUAGAGGAACUAAUCUUGAAGUAUAACCAACUCAGUGGUCCAAUCCCAUCAACCUUGUCUCAGAUUCCGAAUCUUAAAGUCCUGGAUCUUGCUCAGAAUCAGCUGACUGGUGAAAUACCAAGGCUCUUGUAUUGGAAUGAAGUAUUGCAGUACUUAGGAUUGAGAGGAAAUGCUUUGACUGGGACACUUUCUCCUGACAUGUGCCAAUUAACUGGACUUUGGUACUUUGAUGUCAGAGGGAAUAACUUAACGGGGACCAUUCCUGAAAAUAUUGGAAAUUGUACAAGUUUUGAAAUUCUGGAUAUUUCUUACAACCAAAUUUCGGGAGAAAUUCCUUACAAUAUUGGCUUUCUGCAAGUUGCCACACUGUCCCUUCAAGGGAACAAGCUGUCUGGAAAGAUUCCAGAAGUAAUUGGCUUGAUGCAGGCUCUUGCUGUCCUGGAUCUAAGUGAAAAUGAGCUUGUUGGUCCGUUACCCCCCAUUCUGGGGAACCUUUCUUAUACGGGGAAACUGUAUCUGCAUAGUAAUAAGCUUACUGGACCCAUACCUCCAGAAUUUGGUAACAUGACGAAGCUCAGCUAUCUGCAACUCAAUAAUAAUCAGCUUGUUGGUAGCAUUCCUUCUGAACUUGGAAAGCUGGUAGAUCUUUUUGAAUUAAACUUAGCAAACAACAAUCUUGAAGGUCCUAUUCCUGAGAACAUCAGCUCCUGCACUGCUCUUAAUCAGUUUAAUGUGCACGGCAAUUCUUUGAAUCAAUCCAUCCCACUCAAGUUUGAAAAGCUUGGAAGCCUUACUUACUUGAAUUUAUCGUCCAAUAAGUUCAGUGGUAGAAUUCCAGUCCAAUUGGGGCGCAUUAUCAAUCUGGAUACGCUAGAUCUGUCUGAUAACGAGUUUUCUGGAAAAAUACCAGCUUCAAUUGGUGGACUUGAGCAUCUCCUGCAACUAAACUUGAGCAAGAACCAUCUCCGUGGACCCAUCCCACCAGAAUUUGGGAAUCUUAGAAGUGUUCAAGUUGUUGAUCUUUCCAAGAACAAUCUGGAAGGUGUAAUCCCCUCUGAAAUUGGUCAGUUGCAGAAUAUAGCUUCCUUGAUCUUGAGCAACAACAGUUUUCAAGGAGAAAUACCACCACAAAUAACAAACUGCUUCAGCCUUGUAAAUCUAAAUGUUUCAUAUAAUAACCUCUCUGGAAUGGUUCCACUGGCUAAAAAUUUUUCAAGAUUUCCUCCAGAAAGCUUCCUGGGGAAUCCCUUUCUUUGCGGAAGCUGGUUAGGUGCAGGCUGUGGAUUUUAUGGUCAACCAUCGAAAGCCAUAAUUUCAAGAGCUGCUGUCGUUUGUAUAACCUUGGGCUGCAUCACGUUGCUAUCUAUGGUUGUCGUAGCCAUUUACAGAUCCAAGCAGCCACAGCAAUUUGCCAAAGGAUCUGACACUGCUGUUCAAGGUCCUCCCAAGCUGGUCAUAUUACACAUGAACAUGGCAAUUCAUACUUACGAGGAUAUCAUGAGGAUCACUGAGAAUUUGAAUGAGAAGUACAUUAUUGGGUAUGGUGCCACCAGUACUGUAUACAAGUGCAUCCUUAAGAACUCAAAGCCUAUUGCCAUCAAGAGACUCUACAGUCGGUAUCCACAUAAUCUUCGAGAGUUUGAAAAUGAAUUGGCAACUAUUGGGAGCAUCAAGCACAGGAACCUUGUCUGCUUGCAUGGUUAUUCACUCACACCUCAUGGUAACCUUUUGUUCUACGAUUACAUGGAAAAUGGGUCCUUAUGGGAUCUUCUCCAUGGGCCAUCCAGAAAGGUCAAAUUGGAUUGGGACACCAGACUGCGAAUUGCUGUUGGUGCAGCUCAGGGGCUUGCCUAUCUUCACCACGAUUGCGACCCAAGAAUUAUACACCGAGAUGUAAAGACGUCCAACAUCCUACUAGACGAGAACUUUGAAGCCCAUCUUUCUGACUUUGGGAUAGCAAAGUGCAUUUCGUCGACUAAAACUCAUUCUUCGACGUAUGUUAUGGGAACCAUUGGAUACAUCGACCCAGAAUAUGCAAGGACUUCUCGGCUUAACGAGAAAUCUGAUGUCUACAGCUUUGGUAUAGUUCUUCUGGAGUUGCUUACAGGAAAGAAGGCUGUCGAUGACGAGUCCAAUUUGCAUCAGCUGAUUCUCUCCAAAGCUGAUGACAAUACCGUCAUGGAGGCGGUUGACUCAGAGGUGUCAGUGACCUGUACUGACAUGAGGCUGGUUCGGAAGAUGUUCCAGCUUGCCCUACUCUGCACGAGGAGGCAUCCAUGCGAGAGGCCAGCCAUGCAUGAAGUAGCAAGAGUGUUGGUGUCUCUGUUGCCUGUUAGUUCAACUAAAUCAGUUUCGUCAAUGAAUUAUGAACGUUAUAUGGAUGAAUAUUCCGAGGAAAAGCUUCACGAGACUGUUGCAGCAACCGGCAGUGAAAAUUGCUCCGACGCUCAGUGGUUCUUGAGGUUCGGGGAGGUCAUUUCGAAGAAUGCCUUUUGAUGGGAUGGAUCCCACUGCCUUAAAUGCUUCUAGCAUACCCUCUUAUUUUGUUGCUGCCGAAUCCUUGCUUCCCGCUUCUGUUUGUCGGGGUAUCGAUGUUGAUUUGAUUGUCGAUUUUGCGUCUCCUUCCGAUGGUGGUGUAAGAUUGUUGGAUGGAUUGGGCCCGCAAAACGGCUUAUCCCAAUUUUCCUGAUCCAGGAGCAAUUAAAGUAACUACCGCCUUUUACAGAAUGCUGAUUUUAUGUAUUCAAACAAUCAAAGCAAGAAAAGAAAUAUGUAUAAAGUUUGUGGAUCCCACUA